CAACAAGAAGGUUCAGAUCAGCCUAGCUUUGUAGCAAGGAAUUUCCCACUGCCCACACACUGCCUCGCAGAAGGGCAAGAUGCCCACUUUAUCCAAUUUGACACAGACCCUGGAAGAUGUCUUCAAAAAGAUUUUUAUUACCUAUAUGAACAAUUGGCGCAGGAACACGACAGCUGAGCAAGAGGCCCUGCAAGCUAAAGUGGACGCUGAGAAUUUCUACUAUGUCAUCUUGUACCUUAUGGUGAUGAUUGGAAUGUUCUCUUUCAUCAUUGUAGCCAUCCUGGUGAGCACGGUGAAAUCCAAGAGACGAGAACACUCCAACGACCCCUACCACCAGUACAUCGUAGAGGACUGGCAAGAGAAAUACAGGAGUCAAAUUUUGAAUCUAGAGGAACCAAAGGCCACCAUCCACAAGAACAUUAGUGCAACCGAGUUCCAGAUGUCGCCUUGA